AAGGCGGAACCAGAACAACCCACGUGACACACAUCCCGGAAGUUGUUUUUUUAGCGGUGAAAACCAAAAAUAUGUCAACACCGAAAACCCUGUUAUUAUAUUAUUACAUUUUUGAACAUGACAAUGCUUCCACCAACUGCAGUCUUUUACUUCCCGUGGGAGGUGAAGUCUCUCGGAGAAGGAAAGUCCGUUCGGACGUUUGGAAGACUCAGCUGCUACGAGGCGGACGAGUCCAGAGCCAGCCUCUCCUGUCAUCACGCUUCUAAGGAGCACAAAGUGUUUGUCCACACCCUGUUCGUGGAGCCUUUUAACCCAAUAAUUGGGGCUCAGUAUUUAGUUUUGGGUGAAACAGAGUCAUAUGAAGGGUUUGGCGUGAUGAUCCGUGCUCGCGUGCUGAACUGUGUUGACGGUGUAAACAUCGCUCUUCUGCAGAAAGCCAUUGAGGGCCAAAGGAGCUUCUUCAGAGAGAGGGAGCGCAAAGACGGUGGCGUGGCACAACCUGCAGAUAAAAUCUGAUCCGGAUCUUCACUCCCUCGGUUACCCAGAGUGCUCUUUGAUUGCCAAGACUGCUUUUGGAGGAAUUAAAGCCCAAAGUUAGUCAGAUAGAUGUAGAAAACUUUCUUUGCUCUGUGAAAAGUUACUGGAUUGUGAGCCAGAUUUUUAGCCACGUCUUGAAAACAUUCCGCACCGAUUGCUUAUUUGUGAGAUCUUGUUUUGCUGGUCGAUACUGAUCAUCUAUUAUCCUUGAAGAUGUUUUGAGCAACAUCAGUUUUCAUUUUUCUCAUUCAGAACAGGUUCAGCAAAUGUAUAAACUUAGAUCAGAAGAAACAAGAUCCUCCUGAAAAAAGUGAAAAGUUUUAAGGACCAGACUAAAAUAACUUCUAAAGUAACAAGCAUCCAAAUGGAAAAUGAAUGUCGUGAGACGUUGGGUUGGAAUCUUUUUGCUGAAGAAGAUUUAAAGAUUUCUUAAGAAGUCAAUCACUGUAAUCAAAAGAAAAAAAGAAACGAGGGAUAGAUUAAGCUUCAUACCCAGAAUUUUCUGUGUUUACAGCAGAUUGCAGUUAAACAUUUGAAGUAGGUUUUUGUAAAAUUAAUAAAAUAAUUUAUUUUUUGUCAUUUUCUAUGGUUUAUUAGCACAUGAGUUGUUGCUAAAAUUAAAUUUUAUAGAUUUUUUGAAGUUAUCUUUUCAUGAUCUCAUGCGUUCACAAUGAAGUCACUAGUUCAAACCUAUAAACAGCAAAGCUGCAGUUUUUCAGUUCUAACAUUAGCGUGAACACAGAGAGGUCAGAAUGUCUGGAAUAAAAGGAAACCUGAGAGCUUUUAAAGUUAAA